AUCAGACUUGUGUAAAUCAUUGAGCAGCCUGUUGUGGCACAGUUCCUUCUGUGUAUUAUAGUGUUUCAGUCUCCAGGUUCUUCUUCUGUUUGGCAGUUCAGGGUAAUCAGGAUAAAAUGCACGUAAUAACCAGAAGCUGUGUCCUAUUGUUCUGGAUGCAGACGCUGACCCUCGUAAAAAGUCUAGAGCCUCUCCCAGAUUGUACACUUCAAGAUUUUUUAAAUGGCCCCUUGUUUGAUUCCAAUUUCAACACAACUGGUCUGGAGGCCCGUUACGUCGGUGGGAAACAAAUAACAGUGAGCUGCCGUACUGGUUACAGUGGUUUUUUCCAACUUCUCUGUAUCGAGGGUGAAUGGCAGUCGAGAGGCACGAAAUGUCAACGUUUUUCCACUCAUCGGAUGUAUUUUUCUCUAUGGUGUCUUCCCCUCCAGCCAAAAUGUGCCCAGUUAUCCACGUGAGCACCAACGUGCAGGUGAUCGGGGACCCGGAGGAAGCAAACAUUGGCAACGUUGUUCAAUUUAGCUGCAAGGCCAACUCGGAUGUCCUGAUUGGAUUACAAGGGAUCUACUGUAAUGAAAAGGGAGAGUGGAGCGGAGAAGCUCCGAUCUGUAAAGGGAUAACUUGUCUGGUACCUGUGAUUGAAAAUGGCAGAGUGCCUGGAGACGUAGAAGAGUACAAGGAACAUGACAUCCUGCGUUUCCAGUGCAAUCCAGGAUUCCAGCCCAGUGACGACAGACCCUCAAAAUGCACAAAACUCGGGUUAAGAGCCGGGUGGAACCCCACUCCUGAAUGUGAACCGAUAACAUGCAAACUGCAACUGCCGCCACUCGAUGGAACCGAGUAUGACCCUUCUUACAAAAGCGUGUUUUCACUUGGGGACACAGUCACAGUGAGAUGUGCAGAGAGCCACUGGAUUUCUGACAAACUGCAAAGAUCAACAGUGGUCUCAUGCAAAAUGGAUGGACAGUGGUCUCUCAGCCCUGUUUGCCAAGAGGUUACAUGUAGCAAUCAAAAAGAUCCACUUGUUCAUUCAUGGGACGUCUACUGGGGACAACAGAAGAAAUUGGGGGAUGAGGUUGUAUAUGGAUGCAAAUCAGGCUACAGGAGAACAGGUGGUGCCACCAUGGCCACGUGCACCAGAGAGGGCUGGAAACCAGAUCCAUUGUGUCACGCUCCUCUGGAUUGUCAGCAACCACCGCCUCUUGAAAAUGGAGACACCAAGAACUCUGUGAGGUUCAGCUACAGACACAAUGAGAGGGUUGAACACAUCUGUCAGGCUUACCACGUCAUGCAGGGAGGACCCUUCAAAACGUGCAGCGACGGUGAAUGGACCGGAGAGAUAAGAUGCCUCAGACCCUGCACUGUGGACGAAGAAGCUAUGAGGGGACGUAACCUUAUGUUAAGGUACAGUGGAAAGAAUAAAAUGUAUGCAGCCCACGAUGAUUGGAUCAUGUUCGUGUGCAGCACAGGAAGACCUGUCGGCUCCGUGGGGAUGCGUCAAAAGUGCGUGGACGGCGUGCUGCAGCUUCCCCUGUGCCAAUGAAGGCUUUCUAGUCCAAUGGAUGUGAUAAACACUGAGGGGUCAUGAAUCAGUCAGGUCAUAACUACUGGAACUACUGUACGUCAUUGUGCUGUGUGUCAUUUUAAUAAAAGCUGUUCUGCCUCAAAAUGAUAAUAAAGUGUGUUGUAGUGUU